CGCAUCGCCACCCGCAGCCUUAGCCCCAGCCUUAGGCACAGUCCCAUCUCCAGCUCCUGCCGCAGCUCCUCCAGACGCCGUCCCUGCGUCGACACCCUGGAGGUUGGGAUGCUCUUGUCCAAAAUCAACUCGCUUGCCCACCUGCGCGCCGCGCCCUGCAACGACCUGCACGCCACCAAGCUGGCGCCGGGCAAGGAGAAGGAGCCCCUGGAGUCGCAGUACCAGGUGGGCCCGCUACUGGGCAGCGGCGGCUUCGGCUCCGUCUACUCAGGCAUCCGUGUCGCCGACAACUUGCCGGUGGCCAUCAAGCACGUGGAGAAGGACCGGAUUUCCGACUGGGGAGAGCUGCCCAAUGGAACCCGAGUGCCCAUGGAAGUCGUCCUGCUGAAGAAGGUGAGCUCGGGCUUCUCCGGCGUCAUCCGGCUCCUGGACUGGUUCGAGAGGCCAGACAGUUUCGUCCUGAUCCUGGAGAGGCCCGAGCCGGUGCAGGACCUCUUCGACUUCAUCACGGAAAGAGGGGCCCUGCAGGAGGAGCUGGCCCGCAGCUUCUUCUGGCAGGUGCUGGAGGCCGUGCGGCACUGCCACAACUGCGGGGUGCUCCACCGCGACAUCAAGGACGAGAACAUCCUCAUCGACCUCAGUCGCGGCGAGCUCAAGCUCAUCGACUUCGGGUCGGGGGCGCUGCUCAAGGACACCGUCUACACGGACUUUGACGGGACCCGAGUGUACAGUCCUCCAGAGUGGAUACGUUACCAUCGCUACCACGGCAGGUCAGCGGCUGUGUGGUCUCUGGGGAUCCUGCUCUACGAUAUGGUGUGUGGAGAUAUUCCUUUUGAGCACGAUGAGGAGAUCAUCAGGGGCCAAGUUUUCUUCAGGCAGCGGGUCUCUUCAGAGUGUCAGCAUCUCAUUAGAUGGUGCUUGGCCCUGAGACCAUCAGAUCGGCCAUCCUUUGAAGAAAUCCAGAAUCAUCCGUGGAUGCAGGAUGUUCUCCUGCCCCAGGAAACUGCUGAGAUCCACCUCCACAGCCUGUCGCCAGGGCCCAGCAAAUAGCAGCUUUUCCAGCAGGUCUUCCCCUCCUGUCAGAUGCUCCAGGGAGGGGAAGCUUCUGUACCAGUGACACUUCUCACUAAGCAGGACAGUGCUUGAUACAGGAACAACAUUUACAACUCAUUCCAGACCCCAGGCCCCUGGAGGAUGCCUCCGGCAGGGGAAGAAACUCCUCUCCCAGCGUCCUAGGCCUGAAUUCCUCAUAGAUGCUCUCUCCUCAUAGGUGUCCAGCCAGCAUUGCUGGACUCUGCAAAAUCCCGGGGUGGGGGUGGGGGGUGGGUCAGAACCCUGCCAUGGAACUGUUCCCUUCAUCACGAGUUCUGCUGAAUGCCGCGAUGGGUCGGGUUGGGGGAAAACGGGUUGGGGUGGGAUAGGACUAGCACCAUUUUAAGUCCCUGUCACCUCUUCCGACUCUUCUGAGUGCCUUCUGUGGGGACUCCGGCUGUGCUGGGAGAAAUACUUGAACUUGCCUCUUUUACCUGCUGCUUCUCCAAAAAUCUGCCUGGGUUUGGUUCCCUAUUUCUCUCUCCUGCCCCCCUCCCCUCUCCUUCAUAUGAAAGGUGCCAUGGAAGAGGCUACAGGGCCAAAUGCUGAGCCACCUGCCCUUUUUUCUGGUCUUCCCUUUUGGUUUUUACUUAACUGUUUCAAAGCCAAGACCUCACACACAAAAUAUGCACAAACAAUGCAAAUCAACAGAAAACCUGUAAAUGUGUGUACAGUUGGCAUGAUAGUGUACAAGAGGAUUGUAGUUGAUCUAAUUUUUAAAAAUUUUUGCCUUUAAGUUAUUUUACCUGUUUUUUUUUGUUUUUGUUUUUGUUUUUUUUUUUUUGAAAGAUGCGCAUUCUAACCUGGAGGUCAACGUUAUGUAUUUAUUUAUUUAUUUAUUUGGUUCCCUUCCAGCUCCAAGCUUCCACGGCCGCCGCCAUAGUUUUCUUUCCUCCUUUCCCUCUGACUUGGGGACCUUUUGGGGGAGGGCUGUGACACUUGCUCUGUUCUUAGGGUGAUGGGACUCUCAGGCGGGACAGCUGCUGCAGCUCCCCACUGCUGCGGCCCCCGGGGGUGGGUUCUGUGGGUGACGGGGAGGGGCGUCGCUGACUUGUGUAUAUAGGGUAGAGACAUGGAAACCAGUUCUGGAUGGUGUGCCUUCCGGAUCCUCUCUGGGGCUGUGUUUUGAGCAGCAUGUAGCCUGUUGGUCUUAUCUGAGUGAAAUACUGUACAGGGGAAUAAAAGAGAUCUUAUUUUUUUUUUUUUUAUACUUGGCGUUUUUUGAAUAAAAACCUUUUAUCUUAA